AUGGGGUCAGGUCAAUCUAAACCUAGCGACUCGACCAAACAUGUUUUUGCAAGCGAUACACCGAUUCAAUUUUCCCCAGAACUUAUCGACUCCCUCCAAGCAUCUUCAGAAACGGAUUCCACUCGUGCCAAAACAUUAGAGCUUCACAUCGCCCAACGCGUCGCCGCCGAGCUAGAAAAGAUUAAAAACCAAGAAUCUUCCACCCUCGAAAGCAUCCGGCAGAAGAUUGCUGCCGGCGAAGAGACAACUUCCUUGGACACAUCAUCCUCUAGCACUCCGGUACACGUCAGCCCGAUAUCUCCUAAAGAUCUGCUUCCUUCGGAAAGCGAUGAAGAAGAGCAACGGAAAUCGCAGACAUCUCAGAAGGUGCAGCAGGAGAUUGAGAAGUUGAAGCAAACAUUAGGCCAGAGGAAAGUUCUGAAGGAAUUACCCAAAGAGGUGGAGGCCGCGAGACAAGAUGUUAUCUCGUGCCUGAGGAUAAACGACAGACAACCUCUCGAUUGCUGGAAGGAAGUGGAGAUAUUCAAACGGGAAGUACGAAAAAUGGAGGAGAAUUAUGUAUCGUCUGUGCUAUGA